AUGGUCGAUCCCGUCGGUCUCAUCUCCCUCGGCCUCACUGUUUGUCAGAGCCUGCUUACUUACUAUGACCAAUACAAAUCCUUCUCCGAAGAAACCAGCAAAAUUCUACAGCGGUUAAACAUCUUGAAAGAUAUUCUUCAGGCUUUACAUGAUGUCCUCGCCGACGCUCAGGUGGUAGAUACUUCUACCUCUGCUAAAUCCAAGAUUGCGCUCCGCUGUGUCACUGAUUGUGAAGACGGAAUUAAGCGACUAAAUGAUAUGCUCUCCAAGGUCAUGGAGCACGAGUCUGGUAACUCUUCUAGGGCCAAAAUAUUCGACCGAGCCAUGUACCCUUUCCGACGAAAGACUCUGUUGGCGCUUUCAUCCACAACGAGAGAGCUUCAAGAGAGCUUAGAUACAGCUCUGCAUCUACUAGAACUCUCUUUAUGUCUGGCAGCUAGGAAACAAAUAGUUCUGCUCGGGGAGACUUCGACAAACAUCGCGACGAGUACCAAGCAAACUUUGGCACUUACUCAACAGAUAGACCACAGACACGAUGAAUUCAACAAUAAUCUAGUGGGUCUUGCCCACAAAAUGGAACAGAUGCAAUUAGUCAUUUCCCAUUACGAAACAAGAUUCCCCGAUCCCUCUGCACUCCAAGGUCUUAUCACCCAGCAUCACCAAAUUGAUCAGGGUAUUGGGCAGCUUAAAACGCAGAUAGAACCUCGGCAACGUCGCUCUAAGCGGGGCUGCAUUUGUUUCCCAUACGGACAAACAUCCUUUGGUCAUAUGGAAGGUUGUCGUUUCUACCUUACAGGGAAGAAGUUCAGGGGUCUUCGAGCAAAACAUGUCUUCUGCAACAAAUUCUUGUCUUUCUCUGUGAAAAUCGCUUUUGGCAUCACGACAGGUGCUGGUGGGUUCGCAAUUAGCCCUCACCUGGAAUUCCAAACAAUGGUCGCCAAUUCGCCUGCAUUCGAGGUGCUGAAAAAUUUAGAGUCCAACGCACACACCAUUAGGUCAAAACAAGGCAUGAGAUCUCUCGUGGGGGCUUUUAGAGAUGCCCUCAUAACAAUAGAACGAGUAUUCCAGGAUCGAAGGGCCUCUCCGACAGAUAUCGAUGUCAACGCUCGAAUCAUUCAAUAUAUCGGCGAGUACGGAUUUUAUGACGAUGGACUAAAGAAAGUCUUUCUGGAUAUUGUGAAUGAAAGGGUGUUAGGAAGAAUGCUUCUCAACUCUUCAAAUAAUCAGGAUCAAUUUCCUGUUGAUUUCUUUAUCAGCCACAUCUUGGCACGCUAUUCAAUCCUCCCUCGCUGGGAAUUAGACGACGACUUUUUUCGGCUCUGCCAGCCAUUCUUAGAUGAAGACUCUUAUUGGUGCCUGGGUACACCAGGGGGUACUCAAUCCGGGAAUUCCAUGAAAAUAUUGCUCUUUGAAAAUUUCAAGGACUACAUCGGAGUAGAAGAAAUUUCCGCUUCUGAAGCACUUGAACCUUUGAUCAACAGGGAUUUCCGACUACUGAAGUCAAAUAUCGAAAAAGGAGUUGAAAUGCCAUUAUUUCUAUAUACGCUUUGGAGUGACGGUUUUCAUGCGCUGUUAAGUGCUGGAUAUAAGAUUGGCGGGGGCUAUUUGGAUGUGUCUUGUUCGAUUGGCAACAUCGAAUGCGUCCGUAAUAUCAUUGCCGCUGAAAAUUUCGAAUUGAAUGGAGAAGAAAUGACAUCCAUCGCGAGUAAUAAACGCCACUUGCCGAGCGAUGUAAUUCAGGAUCUCAUGCCGAAGCCAAAUACACUUCUGGGUUUUCAAGCUAGUCAAGUCUAUAACUUGCUCAAGGAAUAUCAUGUGAAAUUUAAUGAUAUUGAAGGUAAAGGGUGGGUUGUUUACAUGCACAUCGACGAAAAUCCAAUCGUGGCGGAUAUGUUAUGGGAUGCAGGGUUUCGAGAUAUUGAUGAGACCGACAGUGAUGGUUUUACCGCACUAAUGGCCAUGCCAGGCAUCCAUCGAUAUCAUGAUGACUUCCUGGAUUAUGCAGAUUGGCUGAUCAGAAAGGGGGCGGACGUCUAUUUCAGACGGGGGAAUAUUCCUGCUCUGCACUACUUGGCAUAUAAUGCUUCAUGGUAUUAUGCUACGCGCGAAGUGAAAAACGCAAGUGAAAGCGAAGAAAGGAUGUUGCGACUUAUUUUAGAGGAGGAUUGCCAAGACUCGUGUCACUGCGCCUGCUCUACAGGCGGAUGCUAUGCUGCGACGCUCUUCUGGCGCUCUGAUCCUCCUGAUAAAGACUUUUAUGCCUAUCAGCGUCAAUUCCCUUCUUUGUUUUCUACUUUUGUGAAGCGAAGGCUAGAUCUGACAGAAAAGAUGAUGUCCGGGGUACUGAUGAGUCUCAACCAACAUGCUAUUGAUAUUCUUCGCGUACUCACUUUCGAUACCUUGGGUAUUCCACAUACCUGUCAACAUCAUGAGGAACCCGAUCACGAUGAGAUCCAGGAUUCGAUAGAUGACCUUGCCUUUCUUGAGAAGCUUAUGCUGGAAUUAAUACCAAUGUACGAGGCUUCGGGCAAGGAUCUUCUCGCAUUUUUGCAGGAUGAAUGGCUCGAUCAAAUGGAAGAGGUUUGGAACCAACCUACCAGCAAAGAAGAUAUCAGGAGAGUGAGAGGGCUGGGAGUUGUUUUGAAGGAGAUUUCCUCGGAAGAUGAAGAGGGCUACUGA